AUGACACGCUUUAAGUUAGUUUCACAUACUAAAGUAGUGAAGCUUCUAAAUGGUUUAUCCAAUUCGAAAGCAACUGGUCUUGAUAAAAUAUCUGGAAAGAUUUUAAAAACUGCAGCCCCUACUAUUGCCUUAUCACUCACACACAUCUUUAAUCAUGCUAUCAUAACAAACUGUUUUCCAUAUGAAUGGAAAGCUGCUAGACUUCUACCACUUCAUAAAAAGGGUCCACGAGAUCUCCCAGAAAACUAUAGGCCAAUCUCAAUCUUACCUGCAAUAAGUAAAGUUAUGGAAAGAAUUAUGUAUGAUCAGAUCUAUGAAUACCUUAACGACAAUUCGAUCCUUUCUGAACACCAAUUUGGUUUCCGCAAAUCUCAUUCAACUGCUUCGGCUCUUUUGGAUUGCACGAACAGUUGGUACGUUAAUAUGGACCGCAAAAUGUUUAAUUUGGUUGUAUUAUUGUAUUUAAAAAAGGCCUUUGAUACUGUAAACCAUGAUAUUUUGGUGCGAAAACUUGCAUGAGCUAUACGGUAUCAAUGGUAGUGCCUUAACCAUGAUACAAUCAUACUUGUCUGAUCGCAAACAGAAAUGCCAACUGGGAGACGUAAUGUCAUCUGAGCGACAUGUGACAUGCGGUAUUCCACAGGGAUCCAUCCUUGGUCCACUUCUCUUCCUCUUAUAUAUAAAUGAUCUUCCAGAAUGUCUUCAUGAAGCUGCCCCUUGGCUAUUUGCCGAUGAUACCAAUCUUACGGUAGCUG